UGCCAAUAUAACUCGCUCAACUCACCAAGACCUCAGUCUCUCAAAGACAGCCUGAGCCAGCACCGAUGGCCGACGACGGACGAGCUCCCACCAGCCGCCGCGUCGUGAUGUUCCCUUUACCGUUCCGGAGCCACAUCACCCCGAUGCUCCAGCUUGCAGGGCUCCUCCGCGCGCGGGGCCUCGGCGUCACUGUGCUCCACACCGACUUCAACGCCCCUGAUGCCGCGCAGCACCCGGAAUUCACCUUCGUCUCCAUCCGCGAGUCGCUCCCCGAAGAGGUCGUCGCUGCCAACGCCGACAUGGUCGAGCAGAUGGUGGGUCUGAACACCGCCUGCGAGGCGCCGUUCCAGGCGGCGCUCAGGGGGCUGCUGCACAGGCAGGAACCACGCGACGUGGCCUGCGUGGUGGUCGAUGGGCAGUGGUACGCGAUGCUAGGCGCGGCCAGGCGUGCCGGCGUCCCCGCGCUCGUGCUGCGUGCGGACAGCGCCGCCACGUUCCUCAGCAUGCUCGCCACCCCGCGGUUGUGCGCCGCUGGCUAUUUCCCUAUCGAAGAGGAGCGGCUGGACGAGCUGGUGCCGGGUCUCGAGCCGCUCCGGGUGCGAGACCUCAUCCGCGUCGACGGCAGCGACGAGGAGACGGUGCUCCGUUUCAUCACCUUGAUCGCCGACGCCAUGCGGGCCUCGUCGUCCGGCGUGGUGCUCAAUACGUUCGACGCCCUCGAGGCCCCGGAGCUGGCCAAGAUCGAGCGCGAGCUGUCCCACCCGGCCUUCGCGGUUGGGCCGCUGCACAUGGUGUCUCCUGCGGCGGUGGAGCACGGCCUGCACGCGCCGGACCGCGGCUGCCUGGCGUGGCUUGACGCGCACCCUCCACGCUCCGUGCUGUACGUGAGCCUGGGGAGCGUGGCGCGCGUGGACCGAUCCGUGUUCGAGGAGAUGGCGUGGGGGCUGGCCAGCAGCAGCGUGCCGUUCCUGUGGGUCGUCCGGCCCGGCUUCGUCCGCGGCGUCAGCGAGGACGUUCCACAAAUGCCGGAUGGGGUCAACGAGGAGGUAAGGAACAGAGGUAAGGUGGUGGCAUGGGCGCCACAGAGAGAAGUCUUGGCGCACACUGCAAUUGGUGCGUUCUGGACGCACUGCGGGUGGAACUCGACGAUGGAGACGAUAUGUGAAGGGGUGCCAAUGCUUGCACAACCUUGCUUCGCGGAUCAGACGGUGAAUGCGAGGUAUGUGACGCGCCGGUGGGGCAUUGGGUUGCAGGUGGGGGAGGUGUUUGAGAGGGCCACCGUGGCGAAGGCGAUCACAAGACUGAUGGAUGGGGAACAAGGGGCACAUGCGUCGAGGGAGAGGGCGCGCCUUUUGAAGAUGCAGACAAGUCAAUGCAUUGUGAAAGGAGGAUCAGCUAGUUUGGCCCUCGAUAAUCUAGUCGACUACAUGGUCUCUUUGAGCUUUGAGCAUGUUUCCAUGAGAAAUUGAGUAUCUUUGUAUUAAGAAUAAAUAAAGUUUAAGGAUUUCAACCUUACA